AUGAGUAUCGUUAAUGCUUCUGAAAAUUUCAUCAACAUAAAUUCACCAGACAAUUCUAGAGCCAUUUUGGUGAGGAAACGACGCAAGAUUGAUACGGGUUGGAAGAGCAAUUUCAUGUUGUAAACCAUACGAAAUAAGGCGGAGAAAAGAGAAGUAUUAGUGAAAUGUAUAAACAGAAUGAGAUAAUCAACUUAAGUAAAAAUUGGAUUGUAAGCAUAGGUGAAACAAUUUCAUUCCUUGACGGAGAAGCAAUUAAAUGUGAUCGACGAUUUCGGAUCUGGGCAUUCAAAGGGGACUACUACUAAACAAAUUAAAAAGCAAGAAACUCAAUUUGAAUCCAUUUAUUAUGAAUCAAAGUUAUAAAUGGGAAAACUCAGGGGAUUGGUCCUCCGAUAUUUAGAGAAACACAGCAAAAAUCAAGAAUGGUCAAUUAAACCAAGUCAUCCUUUCAUUAUUAUUUGGAACAUGUUCAAACUAUUUUUUAUGGUCCAUAUUUUCAUUCUAUUUCCAUUAAUUGAUGCAUUCGGAGUGAAAUUGAAUUAAGUAAUAGUUAGAUAAGAAUAAAUAUUUUUGAUGGAAUGGAUAUUUCUAGUACGUAUAUAUUGUGAUACCUUAGUUGCUCGAUAUUGUAUUAAGAUUUAAUGUGCAGAUAUACAAGAGUGGCCAAUUGAUAAAAUAGCACUAAUAUUUGGCAUUACAAUAUUUGAAAAGUGGAUUCUUUUUGGAUGCCCUGGGCAUUGUUGGAUUCUCCUUGUUCCUGUUUCAAGACAUUCUAUACAUCAAAUACAUCUAUUUUUUCAAGAUAUCUGAAAUUAAAAAGUUCAUCAAGUUCCUGAGAUACGAAUUGGAUCCACAAAAUAAAUACAACAAUCACAUCAAACUGAUUACACUCUUUGUGACCAUAUUUCUAUUAGCACAUAUCAUAGUAAGAUAAUAUCCAAAAUAAUAGGCAUGUCUAUGGAUAGUUGCUGGUCACACUGAACCCAGUUGGUUGAGUAAUCAUGGUCUAUAAGACGAUCAGUGGUAUAUCCAAUAUCUAUGGGCGUUUUAUUUUGCCAUCCUCACAAUGACUACUGUAGGUUAUGGAGAUAUAGUUCCAGUCAAUGAGAUUGAAUUGAUAGCUUGUAUUAUGAUCGUACUGCUUUCCAGUGCAAUAUUUGCUUACACUCUAAACACCAUUACGACGGUUCUCAAAGACAUCGAUCAAAACAAGAGUUAGUUUAAUCAGGAGGCCAGGAUCAUAUAGAAUUACUUAGUAAAGAAAGGUUGUGAUACAGAUUUGUAGAGGAGAGUGUAAUAAUAUUUGAAAUCUCUAUUGAAAUGGGGUUUGGGAGAAUAAAAGUAGAAUGAAGAUAGGAUAUUCUCCAAAUUAAGUAGACCUCUGCAAUAAGAAAUCAAUUUGCAGGAUAAGGGUCAGAUGUUACUCAAAUUACCAUUCCUAGUUAACAAUUUUAAUAUCGAGUGUAUUAAAGAGUUGAUGUAACACAUUCAGGAAGUGUAUUACCAGCCUGGAGAAUUUAUUAAUCCCUAAGAUGGAGUUUAUCUAUUGUAUAAAGGAUAAGCAGAGGUCUGUUGGGGCUCGUAGAUCAAUCCUAAAUACAUUUGUGAUAUAUUCUAAGGUGAUCACUAUGGAUUACUGAACUUAUUUAAUGUUGAUCAAUCUAAAUACUUUCUCAAGAGCUCAGGAUUCUCAAUUUUCUAUUUCAUACCAACCUAGAUAUUCAAAUAAGUAUUGAAGAAUAAUGAUAAGGAAGUCUUCUGCAUGAUUCACGAUUAAGUUAUCUUUGAAAACUAUUCAAAUCUCUACCUAUUUUGUCCACUUUGUAGACGAGAAGGCCAUCUCAUUUGUCAAGAUAUCACCUACAAACCUCACAGAGCCAUCGCUAUUGCCAAGUCUAAUAAACAAUCUGUUUAAGAAAGAUAGCAAUACAAACGUUUCUGCGUUAAACAAUAGAUCUUGAGGAACUACAAAGAGAUGCAUGUUGAAACAUGCCAAUUCAUUAACGAUAAAAAGGAGAUCAUGAAAAUUAAAUAUAAAUCUAUCUUCGAUUCUGAUGAUGCAGAUGAAGAACCUGAAAGUAUUGAAUUGCAAUCCUCUCAAUCUUGGUAAUUUGAUGAAGCCUAAAUGGAUGAACAAAAGGUUCCUAUUCAUGUUGAUGAAAAUCAAUUCAAACCCAAAAUCCCUUAAUAAAAAAGAUUAUCUCUUAAUAAACGACAGACCAUUGUUGGGUUUCAAAAAAAGAAAACCUAAGACAUUAUGUAAAUCAAUUUAUCAAACAUUUAAGAAGCAGAGACAUUCCCAAAUCAUCAUAAUCAAAUUCCUGAUAACAGCACUCUCAAAUCGAAAGAUACAUUCGAUAAUAUUGACGUUAUGAAAUCUUUUAAUAAAUACUUCAAAAAAUACAAUUAUCAAAAUAUUAUUAAAUAACUAAAUUAGAGAAGGAAAAGCAUUAAGAAAAAAAUUAAAAGAUUAGACAGGGUCUAUUGA